AAACAGAGAGUUUUAGUUAAAAAAUAUAUGCGUAUACAAAUUUAUUUUAUGUGUAUGUGUGCAUUUUACGCGCAUGUAGUCGUGUGCGUUUACAAUUUCUGUAUACCAAAUAUAUCAUGUCCGUGUUAUUUUUGUUUCUAUAUAUGUAUUUUUACAUGAAUAAAUAAGUAUGUGUUUGUGUUUGCUUUGCUUUCAGGGCGAGUCGAAUGAUUCCGGUACCGAAUCUGAUGGUGACGUCCUAGAUGUUGACAAGCAUCGCCCCUUAGACUUGGACAUGGAAACCAGCUUAAGCUCGUGCGCCGAUGUGAAUUCGCCAACUACAGACACCGCCUGCUCCUCGUCAGCAUCCUCUGCGAUGAUGUGUCAAUCCCACCUUUUAUACGAUCAACACAGCUCCGAGGAGGAAUUAGAAGUGAUCAAUGGACCAUCAUCGGUUGCAGCCGCUGAGGCGGCGUCCAAUGUAUUGGUGGUGCGGGGCACCGCCUCAUCACUCAUAUCGGAGCGUGGCUCAUCGUCGUUGGAGCCCGAAGAGCUAUUCGGCGAAGCAUCGACAUCGAAACGUUCGAGCUCAACAUUAGUUGAGAAUCGUAAAAGAUCUCUGGCCCACAGCUCCGAUGAUGACCAGCUGAGGAACUUCUUGGAACCGGUAUUGACCCCAGUGAAUUUUCGCACAUCGCCACCAUUAGAAGCUUUCAAGCCAAACCGCAGCCACAAAUAUCGCUCCACAACGCCACUGAUAUUAUCGGAGGCGCGCUGUGGCAUCGAAAAUAUUAAAUUAUGUGAUAAUAGUGUUAAUGACGAAAAUGGUGAGGCUGCUGGCGCUGCGUCGUGUGCGUCGUCGUCGUUGGGCGCAGCAAGUGGUGGAAACGGUAGCGGCGGCGGCGGCGGUGGCGCCUGCGGUGGUAACGCCAGUUCAACGAGUGUGAUUAAGGCGUGCGCCUCAUCGCUCAAAAUGAGCAAUAGCAGCCAUCAUAUCUAUCAGCCGCAACCGAAAUAUAAUUUCCACUAUAAUAGUUCGCGCAGCAGUCCAGCAUCAACGACCGCUCUCGAUGCGAUGGAGGUGCGCUCGGUUAGUCCACCGGCGAAACUCUUCCAUUCGGCUAGAUCACCACACCGCCGACCGAUACGCACACAACACGCCACACAGAGGCUACAGCGACCACAUCGGCCGUGCUUAGACUUCGACAAAAUGCAGCAAGUAAGUCUCUAAUGCAGCGCCAAAUCAAAGACUUUUUACUUCUCACUAAUUACCAGUAAAUGUACCUAAAAGCUCGCAUUACCCAAAACGAAUACAGUAUGAUGAUGCUGAUUGAUGAUGAGGAUAAAUGAUAUCUAAGAAAGAUGAUGAUCAUGAUCAUGAUGAUGAUCAUGAUGAUGAUGUUUAUGUUGAGGGAAGCAUAAUGAGUUAAAGAGGUGAUAAUGAUGAAGCUGAAGAUGAUAAUGAUAAUUAUGUUUAUGGACAGUAAUGUUGAUAAUCGGUUUUGUACAGCAAAAAAGUGUAAUGAAGAAAAAUUAAUGCAAAAAAUUUGUAUCUUUUAUGCUAAGAAAGAAGAGCAAAGUGUCUCAAUAAGAUGUAGACUUUUUUUUUAAAAGAACAUGGCGCCAUAUAAUUAACAGCGAAAAAUAUGAUAAAAAAAAAAACAAUAAGACAUGCAACUACUUAUAUUAUAAAAAACAAUAGCCCCAACUAUCCAAAACACUAAAUUUACAGACUCUUCAGUAACUUGAAAUCAAAGCUAGUAAGCAAACCAGGAAUUUAUUAUAAGCAUGUGAGGAGGGUUUAUAAAAGCUCACAAUUUCUCUGAUUUUAAGUAAACAAACGAAUUAAAAGUCAAUAUUUUUCGUUGCAUAGUUAAACAGAAACUUUAAACUCACGCCAGUUCUACAAAAACGCCGAUUAUGUCAAGUUCUGCUCAUUUGGACAAAACCAAAAUGAUCUCGUAAUUUUUUUUUUUACUAAACAAGAUUGUCAA